AUGGAAGAGCUAGAGAGUGAGAAACCGAAUCAGUUGGUUAUUAAAGCCAGGGAGAUACAUGUGCCGCCUCUGAUUGAUGGUGAUGCGAGACCUAUGAAUAACACGUUGAUCGAUAGUGGGGCGAGGUCCCUGUUGGACCUGCGAAAAUCCGUCGAGGAUCGCCCAGCCGGAUCGCCGGAGCGAAACACAAGCAAUUCAAAUGUUCCCCCUGCGACACCGCCCGCCACAGGGAUCGGUGGCCAGACUUACCCUGUCGAUGCGCACCUCAACCGGGUCCUUGAUCGGCGGGUGGUUGUUAGAGGAAUCUUUCCUCAAUAUCUGAUCCCUAAUUUUGUGGGGAUUUUUCACAAGACAGAUAAAUUUGAAAAUUGGGAAUUGAGGAGUCCUUCUUCGCGGCAAACUCGAAAUCCCCGAGCGGUUACGGAAUAUCCUGAGAGUAGAUAUGGUUUCCCCUAUAAAGCUCUGAACCCCUGGCCAUCAAUUCUCACUUCUUCCUCCUUGAGAACUCGGCUGACGGCGCAGGUGGUGGGCAAAUAUUCUUCUCCCAGGCAGUUCCCGGACGCAGUUAAUAAUUUCUGCUCCCCGCUCCUCCCUCGUAUGCCACAGCUCCUGGCCCUCCCUUCCUCUGCCUACUCGUUCCGGCAAGGGUUGGGGAUGCCUCCUUCUAAUAGCUCCCUGGCUCCCCGGCCUGAACAAAGGCCAUUGAAAGGCACGAAUGUGCCUGAACCUAUGCAAGAGGUGGUCAAUAAUACGUUUCUUCUCCCCUCUGCCUCGCAGGUUAUCACCAUGGCGCAUGUUUCGGCUGAUCAGGUGGUUCAAUUCUCGAUGGAAGAGGUGCAAAUGACUAAAUAUCGAGCUGCACACUCUCUUCUUGGCAGGCUCUUUACUGUGAAUAGGAUAUCGACGACAGAGCUGCAGGAAUCGGUAAUCGCCCCUUGA